GGUUCUCUGCUGCGCAGGACAGUCUGAGUUUGCCCUCUUUGACAUCGUCUAGUGCUCCGCCAUCAUGAAACUGAAGCUGCUCCUCUUUUGUCUCUUCUUGGCUGUACUGCUUAUACCCACUGAAUCAAAACCCAAACAUAAAGACAAAGAAAAAAACGGACACGGACACGGACAUGGACAUGGACGUGGACAUGGACCUCCCGGACACCGUGGUCGGGAAAAAAAGAGGCAAAGAUUCGAAGACCUAAUUAAAGACUCCUUUUUCAGGGAAGCCACUGAUGACGAUGAGGAUGAAGAAACGUUUAAUCAAGACUGGCUUUUUGAACUUCAAGAUCCAGACGGCCAGUGCACACCCAAUCCCUGCCUUAACAACGGUGUGUGUAAGGAAAAAGGCAGGAGAGGGUUCAAAUGUGACUGCCCCAAGCCUUUUAAGGGAAGGAAAUGCGAGAGAGCCCCUAAAGUGUGCAGGAGAGGUGCCUGUGGACGGGGCGAGUGUGUGCUGACUUCAACCCCUCCGUUCUAUGAGUGCAAAUGCAAAUACCCAUUCCAGCCUCCAGACUGCAAGCGUUAUACUGUGUGUCAGCCGAAUCCGUGCAGAAAUGGAGGCCAGUGCAUCCCUGAUGGCAAUGACUUCGACUGUCAGUGCCCUGAAGGGUUCAGAGGACGCUUCUGUCAUGUUGGGCCAGAUGACUGCUACGUGGGUGAUGGGGAGACUUACCGUGGGAAUGUGAGUGAGACCGAUGAUGGCAACGAGUGCCUCUACUGGAACUCCCACUUUAUCCUGGAAAAUGGAGCCGAUCCCUUCAACUCGUUUGAGGACGAAGACGGACUUGGCCCUCACAACUUCUGCAGAAACCCGGAUGGAGAACCAAAGCCCUGGUGUUUUUUCAGAAAAGGAAGAAAACUGUUUUGGGACUACUGUGAUGUGACCCAAUGUCCUCAACCAACAGGUGAACCCCCUUCUGUUAAACCGUCACCUGCUACCACUCAGGUACCGGUGACCACCAAGGCUCCACAGCCGUCCAAAGGUCCUACAGCACAGCCGUCCCAAAGCACUACAGCACAGCCGUCCCAAAGCCCUACAGCACAGCCGUCCCAAAGCCCUACAGCACAGCCGUCCCAAAGCCCUACAGCCGACCCCGUUAGCACAACUCCAGCGCCUUCGCCAAAACAGUUCGAAACCUGUGGUUUGCCUCAACCAAAAAAGGCACUAACUAGGAUCUUUGGGGGUCUGAAAGUCAGUCCUGGGGCAAUCCCCUGGCAGGUCUCUGUGCAACAAAAGACAAAGAACUCCAACAUGAAAUACAGCCCCGUCUGCGGAGGAGUUCUGAUCGCAAGCUGCUGGGUUCUGACGGCUGGACACUGCAUAGAACAAAACAAGGAUAUGCGGGUGGUGAUGGGUACCUUAGCACUAGAUAGGCCCGAUCCAUCAGCUCAAAUAGUUGAAGUUGACACCGCAAUUGUGCACGAGAACUACAGGGAGACUUCUUCGGCUGUUUACAACGACAUAGCUUUGUUAAGACUCAGGGGGGCAAACGGAUUUUGUGCAAACGAGACCCAGUUUGUGAAGACAGCCUGUCUGCCAAGUGGCCAACUCACCGAUGGGACGGAGUGCACCAUUUCUGGAUGGGGCGCCACCGAGACCUCGGACUAUGGCACCAACCACCUGUUACAGGCCAAUGUUCUGCUGAUCAGCCAGGCAAAGUGCUCUGAACCCACUGUUUACGGGAGCGCCAUUGAUGGCAGCAUGUUCUGCGCCGGCUACCUGCAGGGAGGAGUGGAUUCCUGCCAAGGGGAUUCUGGAGGGCCGUUGACUUGCAAGCAGAAUGACACCAGUGUCGUUUAUGGUCUGGUGAGCUGGGGAGAUCAGUGUGGAAAGAAAAACAAACCUGGGGUUUACGCAAGAGUCACCAACUUCCUGGAUUGGAUCAAGUCAAAGACUCAAGCAUUUUCUUAAAUGACCCGGUUAGAAAUUCGUUACGAACAUGGCAGCAUGUUAGGCCAGGCGUUAAGCUGUGGUUGAGGGUUAUGUGGUGCUGUUUCAUAACUGCCCUGCACCUGACUGGACUAUUAUGCAACCGAAAGAAAGACCCGAGAUCCUCUCAGCACAUUUUGCAAUAUUUCCUCACAAUAACGGGCAAAUAUGAAUAAUAAUAAUGAAAAAAAAACAAUAAAGGUUACUUGACUGUU